CAGUCUAUGGUCUGUGGAUAACAUGACAGCGUCAAAGUUAAAAAAGACAAACAAAACAAACGCAAACGGUCGAGCGUGUGAUUCUGGAUUUUGUUAUAAAUAUUAACGGCUCAAAUAAAUUGAAACAUUAUUCUAAAUAAGACCCAUUACUUUCGUAAAUUAUAUGAUGGCCAGUGACUUUUCAAAGGAGAAACGUUUCAGUCAUUGUGAUGAGUGAGACAGACGAUACGGAUGUUCUCUUACUAAUACCACCAAAUUUCUUUUUAGUACAGAGUUCUGAAUCAGAAGAUUCUUUUCUGGAAUCUUCUAGAACUGUUGUCCAUAAACCUAAGUCCUGCACUGCACAAGUAUUAGGUAAAUUAGUGGAUCAAGUUCAUACAUUGGAAUCUAGGUUAGAAAGUUUAGAGUUCAACAGUGAUACGUCUAGUUUCGGCACAGUAAAGAGACCCAAAACGUGGGACACCUCGGAUAGUAUCGACAGCCAAAGCUUAGAUCGCAAGUGUUUUACAUUUCCUCGCAGGCGUAGAAGGAAAACUACAAAAAAGUCAAAACGAUUUGAUUUGUCCCUCAGUGGUUUAGAUUCAGCUAGUACAGGUAGGAAAUCCAUCCCACCGUUAAAAUUAGAUGUUGAUUUUGAUCAGUUGAACUCCAAACCCAAAGAAAUUAUCAAUGAUAUUCAAAGUAUGGAUGCUGAUUUAAGCAGUAUAGUUUCAACACCUACUAAAAAGAAUGACAAGUUGCUGUUACAUGAAAUAGAUGAAUUCCUUACUAAAGUUGAAAGUUAUGAGACUCCUGACACUAAAUAUAAGGACCAUGAGCCAUCGCUUAGUCCUGAAAAUGUGAUAAAGGCUACUGGAGACUACAUAUCACAAAAACUAGACUCGAAGAGCAAUGAAGAAGAAGUAAAAUUGCCAAGUGGCAGGGUGGUGUCAAGCAGUGUACUUGAUAAGUAUAUUUAUUUAGUCAAAAGUAAUUCAGGAACAGCUAGAUCUGACAAACCCACUACUUCAGAGAAUUAUAAGAGUAACAAUGAGGAGACUGGUGGUACUCACCCUGAGAGCACAUCCAAGGAUGCAGCAGGAACAUGUAGUAGAGAGCCUAGAACGCCAUCUAUGAGAAAACUUAAUUUCUCAGACAAAGAUGUGCAGCCAACAUCCACUCCAAAGAGACCACAAUCAAGUUACUUGGACACAUUCAGACCUUCAUCGAACAAAAUAUAUGAUAGGGCUUCAAGAGUCUUAGAGCAGUACAAGUCUCAGAGUCACAGCAGGAAUCAAGGUUCUGGCAAUGAUAGCUACUUGUCACCUAAGAAGGAAGAGUUCAAGAUGCCGCAAAUGAGACCUUAUUGCUAUAACAAUAAGGAAACAAAGCUGAGCUCCAUGCAGAAUAGGUAUAUGGAGUCAAUAGACACUGACUUGUUGAGCUUGAGUGAGUUGUGGGGGGAUAGAGGAGAUAGACCAGAGAGAAUAGACAGUGUUAAGCUGGAAGAGGAGAGACUUAAAAGAGAGCACUGUGAAUCAAUGAUACAACAACUGCAGAAAAAGAUCUUAGAACAACAAGAGAAGUUGGCCGUAGCUGUGAAAGUGGACCGAGCUAAAGAUGCAGCCAUUGGGAAGCUGAGAGAAGCCUGGUUGAAGCUCACUGGCAGCUUGGACAAAGCUGAAGAGAGACACAGAGCAGCACUUGAGAAGAUGGAUAGAGAAGUUGAGAAUUUUAGGAUGAUUGCUGAUGAUGCACAGAAGAAAACCAGUCACUUUGAAGCAGAAUUGUACAAAGCUUUGGACUUGGCUCAUGAUUACCAAGAGAAAUGUAAGCAGCUCACUACAGAGAAGAAAGAAAUUGAUGACAGAAUACAAAAGAUCAUACAGGAUAGAGAUGAAAUGGUUGCCAUGAAGGAGAAGGAAGUGGAAGCAUUGAAGGAAAAUUGCCAAACUAUUAUGAGACUCAAUAAACAGUCUUCUGAUUGUAUUAAAAAUUUAGAGGAAUCAUUAGAAAAGGAAAAAGCUGAUCAUCACGAGACGAAAUGUAAAAUAAAAGAGUUAGGAAACAAGAUUCAGUCUCUGGAAGACACGAAUUCACUUAUAACGCAAGAACGAGACUUGCUGAAAGAGAAAGUGAAUGAGGAACGAUCUCGAAACAAUCUCUUGGAGAAACAGAUAGGAGACCAACAGAACCACACUGCUGAAGUGAUGAGGAAAUGUGACAACUUAGAAACCGAAGUGAAGACUCUUCGCAAACACCUGGAGCUUCAGAAGACGGAGUUGAAGUGCCACUACCAGAAGCAGCUGGAGGACGCCGUGCUGUCCAAGCUGCAGGAGUUCCAGCACCAGCUCGACGCGGCCGAGCGGGACAUGGAGGCCGACGCACGCGCCAAGGAGAACGCGCUCGUCGAUACUUACAAUAAGCAGAUAUCUAGGAUUGAGGAGCAACACAAACUAGAAGUAAAUGUAAUGGAAGAGAAACAGAGAGAAGAAAUUAAGUUAUACAGGUUGCAACUAGCGCAGGCUGGUGAGAAGAUAGGACUACUCGAGAGUAAGUUGGAGUCGUUCCGUCGCCGACGCGGUGCACUGGCGGGCCAGUUGCACGCCGUCAUGCAGGCGCAGUGCCGCGCCGCCAUACGACUGCUCACGCACGGAGACUCCAGGGGCUCGCAUAUGUCUACUCCAGUGUCCGAGUACACAAAGAUCCCGCCGCUAACACUACCGGACCGGGGGCUCGUGCGAUCGGACGCCCGGUGCGAUGUCCGAUCCGACAAUCGGACGGACAACAACUCCGACGAACGGACGGACGGCCGGUCGGACGAGCGACACGACAAACUAAACUUCGAAGGCCUCACAGACACCGAGCUACAACAGUAUGUUAAACUGCUGUUAACAAAAGCACCGAACUUGGACGGCAGUGGCGACAUGUUGGAGUUACAUCGUGAGCUCAGCGAGGAACCGACGAGCGACCGACCUGACAGAUCCGACACCGCUGAGCGGCCUGAACAACCAGAGCGAAGGGACAAGCGUCGCCUCAGUAAACCACCCUGGAAAGCCUAGAUAUAAUCACUGCCUAAUUUUAAAAGCAUAAUCGCAUUACAAACUGUGAACUAUCGUUAUCUAUAUAAGGUCCAAUAUUCCAUAACUUUUGAUCUGUCUAUAAAAGCCAUAAUAAAUGCCCUAACAAGUUGCCAUGGAAGACAUAAAUACAAGAAGGUGAAUCUCUAUGUAUUGUCAAAUCUGUAAAGAAACCUUUAUCCUAUUACAAUCUCGACUAUUCACAAUAAUCUAUCUCUCGGCAGAUUUAAAUAAGUACUGAAGGUAGAUAUUUGACACUUCAUACAAAAUUGUGUCCAAAUUCGGUGUCUCUCUCUCUCUCUCUUAUUAUCUGUCAACUACAGGUGAGAAUGGCUGCGUCCUCUAUAAUUUAAUGUAGUGUGAUAAAAUUCUAGUACAAAGACGUAAAUGGCAAACUUAAUUAUUAUUAUUACUUUCUACAAAAGUUUAUAUGUAAUGUUUCGUUUAAUGUAAUUAAAUAGAUUUGGCAAUGGAAUCUAUACUGAUAAAUUAUAAUAUAUAUCCGAAUUAAAAGUUUGUACAAGUUUUAUAGUAAAGUACCUUUUUGAUCCAAUUUUCUAAAGUUAUUGCUGAUUAUUGUUGUUCCCACCGUUUAUUUCCAAUUUCUUAUGUCCCAAUGCUCAUAGUUCAUAAUAAGAAUUUAUUUCUAGUUUUUUAAGGUGAUUUUUGUAGCUAGGAUUAAUAUGUUGUAUUUGUAAAGAACAUGUUUUUAUAUAAAGUUGUAAAAUAAGACGUACCGUUUGUAUUCAAUAUUGUUAUGAUAUUAGAACAUUCCAGAUUGCACUCCAUAUUUUUUUAUGUUUAUA